UGGGACUUUACUUUGGGGUAUAUGUGGAUCUGAUGGGUCGUUGAAUUUCAAGAUUGGUCAGCAAUAAAUGCUUCUUUUAUUGCUUUUUCCUGGGAUAAUCAACCUCAUACAUCUGUUUUUUGUACCUAUCUCUUGUCACAAGAAACACACUUGCUUCUUCUUCUUCUUAUUCUUUUUCUGUUUUGAUUUUUCUUGUUUUCUUUUUCCAUUGUUUCUCAAUUCACAUACCCAAGAAUGUUGAUCUCUUGGGAAUACAUUUACAUCAAAUGACUUGUGAUUUGUUUUCUUAUCAGUUCUUGGGUUAUGUUUGUUAAGCGACAAAAUUUAAGGGUUUGUCAUUGAAUUCUUGAGGAGGAACUGGAGUGGAGAGUUGUGUUGUGUUGUGUUGUGGUGAUCUGAAAGAAGAUUAGAGAUGGGUUUUUUGAGUACUAUAAUGGGUUUCUUUGGAUUUGGAGUGGGAAUCACAAUUGGGAUCGUGAUUGGGUAUUAUCUGUUUAUCUAUUUCCAACCAAGUGAUGUCAAGGAUCCAGUUAUUCGUCCAUUGGUUGAGCAAGAUUCUCAAACUUUGCAACGCUUGCUUCCAGAGAUACCUAUUUGGGUGAAAAAUCCAGACAUUGACCGUGUUGAUUGGCUUAACAAAUUUAUUGAAACAAUGUGGCCUUAUUUGGACAAGGCUAUCUGCAAGACUGCAAAAAAUAUAGCAGAGCCCAUCAUUGCUGAGCAAAUUCCAAAAUACAAAAUUCAGUCAGUUGGAUUUGAAACUCUUACCUUGGGCUCCCUACCUCCUACUUUUCAAGGAAUGAAAAUCUAUGUAACUGAGGAGAAAGAGUUGAUAAUGGAACCAUUCAUGAAGUGGGCAGGAAAUCCUAACAUCAAUAUUGCAGCUAAGGCAUUUGGUUUGAGAGCCACUGUUCAGGUGGUUGAUUUUCAAGUAUUUGCUUCUCCACGCAUUACCUUGAAGCCAUUGGUUCCAAGCUUUCCUUGUUUUGCCACAAUAUUAGUCUCUCUCAUGGAGAAGCCACAUGUGGACUUUGGUUUGAAAGUGCUAGGUGCAGAUGCUAUGUCCAUUCCUGGCCUGUAUAGUUUUGUUCAGGAGCUUAUCAAAGAUCAGGUUGCUAAUAUGUAUCUCUGGCCCAAAACCCUUGAGGUACAAAUUAUGGAUCCUACAAAAGCCUUGAAGAGACCUGUUGGGAUUCUUAACGUGAAGGUCGUGAGAGCAAUGAAGCUUAAAAAGAAAGACCUUUUGGGGGCAUCGGAUCCUUAUGUGAAGCUGAAACUUACUGAGGACAAACUUCAGUCGAAGAAAACAACUGUGAAACACAAAAAAUUGAACCCGGAAUGGAAUGAAGAAUUUAAUUUGGUCAUUAAAGACCCUGAAUCUCAAGCUUUGGAGAUCCAUGUAUAUGACUGGGAGCAGGUUGGGAAGCACGAUAAGAUGGGCCUAAAUGUAAUACCAUUGAAGGAACUUACACCUGAGGAGUCAAAAGAGAUGACUGUUAGUCUGCUAAAAAACAUGGACCCGAAUGAUGUUCAAAAUGAAAAAUCACGUGGACAGAUUGUUCUUGAAUUGAUGUACAAACCUUUUAAGGACGAUGAGAUACCCAACGAAACUGAAGAUUCAAAUGUGGUGGAAAAGGCUCCUGAAGGAACUCCUGAUGGUGGAGGUUUGCUUGUAGUAAUUGUCCAUGAAGCUCAGGAUCUAGAAGGGAAGCACCACACAAAUCCUCAAGUGCGUCUACUUUUCAGAGGGGAGGAGAAAAGAACUAAGCCUAUAAAGAAAAACAGAGAUCCAAGAUGGGAAGAAGAGUUUCAAUUCAUGCUGGAAGAACCACCAACUAAUGACAGAAUUCAUGUGGAAGUUGUCAGUACCUCUUCUAGGAUGGGUCUACUCCAUCCCAAGGAAACUCUGGGCUAUGUGGAUAUAAACCUCUCGGACGUUGUUAGCAACAAAAGAAUCAACGAGAGAUACCACCUCAUUGACUCUAAGAAUGGCCGAGUUCAGAUAGAAUUGCAAUGGAGGACUUCAUCUUGAUGACAGUGAUUUCAUAACAAUUCGGGUUUUUUUUUGGCAGUUAUGUCAGUGGAGUAAUUUUUCAAUUUCAGUUUUCUAGUUUCAUUGGAUAAAAAUAUAUUGUGCUUGUCUUUGCUGUAUUAUACACUGUAGGUCUUGUAUCUGCUCUCUCAUGACUGAUUUGCUGUAAUUAACCUAGAAAUGCAAAUAAUUCAACUUUCUGUAAAUUUAAGCUUUCA